AUAUAUCACCACCACCAUCACUCUCUCACUCUCAUCAACCAAAUUGCUUUGUGUUACAACUUACAACCCCUCUUCAAACUCUUCAUUCAAUGGAACAAACAACCACCACCAUGCAAGAACAUGUUAUAGCUCCAACAUCAUCAUCGUACCGUGGUGUUCGACAACGAAAAUGGGGCAAAUGGGUGUCGGAAAUUCGCGAGCCAGGGAAGAAAAGUAGAAUAUGGUUAGGGAGCUACGAGACACCAGAGAUGGCAGCAGCAGCAUAUGACGUGGCAGCGUUGCACCUUAGAGGACGCGCCGCGAGGCUCAACUUUCCCGAAUUGGUUGAGACAUUGCCACGGCCAAAGAGUUCGAAAUCCGAGGAUGUUCAAGUGGCAGCACAAGAAGCAGCAUUGAGGUUCAGAAGAACACCAAUGAUGUCAUCAUCAUCAUCUUCAUCAUCAAUGUCUGAUCAAGAAUGUCGUAAUGAUAUUAAGGGUGGUGUGGUUCCUGUUAGGGUUGGACUCUCACCCACACAAAUUCAGGCCAUCAAUGAGUCACCAUUGGACUCACCAAAGAUGUGGAUGAUGCAUAUGGCAGAUGCACUCAGGUUUGGCUUUGAUGAUGACUCCAUGAUGAUGACGCAUCAUGGUCAUAAUUAUGCUUUGGAGUUGAGUGGAUGGGAAGAAAUACAGCAUGAAUACACCUUAUGGGACUCUCCUGAAUACGUGUAAUUACGUAACAGUUAAUUAAUAAUCAAUGUACCCUUCAUUUUAUUAGGGCCCUAUAAAUAUAAAUAUGCGAGAUUGAUUAAUGUACCCCCAUGUGGUUUUGGUAAGACUAAUUCAAUGAAGCAAAAGGAUUAUUUAUUUAUUAUUUAUA